UACGCCACAAGAAAGAUAAGAAACUGAAGGGAUACACACUACAUUUCCCACAAAAUGAAAUUACACAAGAUACAUCCUUAGCAACAUUUACAACAGCAACAGCGAGAUAACACAAAAGGUGCGAGUUGAUAGCCUGGCCUCCCAUAGUGAGUCUCUGCCGGCGCUGUGCGAGGGCCAGGAUGCUCAGGUCUUCACUUUUAAAAGCUUUUCGCUGUGUUCCUGGGAGAUUUCCGGCUGUGCCAUGUAAUCAGCUGCAGAAUAGAAAGUUUUCAACUCCUCCACUGGGAGCAGCAGUCGCAGAAGUCCUAGAUGCCGGCACACGCUUAGAGUUGAGUCACCCUCGAUGGCCACAUACUCUGGCUCUGACUUAUCCCUGGCUGCGAGACCAUUGCCGCUGCCCCAAGUGCUACAACUAUAAGACAUUCCAAAGGAUUCAUGAUGUGUACAAGAUUCCUCUAAAUAUUCGCCCAGCUUCAGUCAAGACAAGCAAGGAUGGGGUGGCUAUAGAGUGGCCUGACGGUCACAAAUCACAAUAUGACUACAAGUUCCUGUGGCAGAACUCCUUUGAGGGCAGAAGAACUUCUUUCAAGGAGCAGCGUGUCUUGUGGACUGCUGCUAAAUUCCCGAAAGAACCAUUGACUACAGUACCACUGAGUGAACUUACUAAACCAGACAAAGAAGGCCUGAAAAAGCUGAUUUCCUCUAUUAUGAAAUAUGGCUUUGGCUUCAUUUCAGAGGUACCAGCAGAUGUAGAGUCAACACGUGCCGCUGUAGAGCAAAUAUGUCCAUUAAAAAAGACCUUCUAUGGAGAAGCAUGGGCAAUGGAAGCAAACAUGGAAUAUGCUGAUACAGCCUACUCCAAAGAAAGAUUGGGAGCUCAUACUGAUACUACCUAUUUUUCCCAAGCCUGCAGGAUCCAAGUAUUUCACUGCUUCCUUGCAGCGGACCAGGGGGGAGAAAGUUUACUUGUGGAUGGCUUCAGCGUAGCCAAGCAGUUUCGUGACCGGCAUCCUGAAGGGUACAAAUUCCUGUCAGAUACAUCGAUACCAUCUGAAUAUAUAGAAGAAGGAAGACACCACUUAUCCUUAGACACAAUCUUCAAGCAUAAUCCUGCAACUGGUCGGAUUAAGCAGUUUAGGUACAACAUCUAUGACAGGGCACCUCUCUCAUCCAUUCCUCUUGAACGUAUGCAGGAAUUCUACUUGCACUUGAGAAACCUUACGAGCAUCAUCAGAAAUCCAAGGAAUGAAUAUUGGAUUAAACUGGAACCAGGAAAGGUGUUGCUGACCGACAACUGGCGUCUCAUGCACGGCCGAGCAGCAUUCUCAGGCAAACGGGUGAUGGGAGGGUGCUACCUAGAUAAUGAUGACUUCAUUAGCAAAGCCCAUGUCCUUGGAAUAAACCUUGAAUAGAGUUUGAAAUAGUUUUUAAGUGUUUAGAUGUGCCAUCAUGUGUGUGUUUGUGUAUGCUUCUGUAAUGACAAAUAGCAUUUGGAAAUAUACUUUAAUACCCAUUUUUCUGUGUACCUGGUUCUUGAUGAUUCUGAACUUUAAAAGGAAUAUUAGAAGAUAAGUAUUAUGUGAUAUGUGUAUGACACAUAGGAAUCAUGUUGCAAAUAUUUGUUAUUAUGAUUAAAAUGUAUUGUUGAUCAUGGAUAAAUUAAUGGA